AUGACGCCUACGAAGGUUGAGACUGACCCAUAUAACGCAUUAUUAAGCAAGAUAAUAGACUCUGACAUCGACGAUGACUUCCUGAAAGACUUUCCAUCGGUGCAGCUAUCUGGGAAUGCAAUUUCUCAGACACAGGCAUUUUCUCCAGAAUUAGAAGCAGCACUUGAAGACGAUUUACAAGCAGAACAAUAUAUAAAUAACUUAAAGAAGCGAUUUGAUGCCGCCGGCUUGACCGACGCUAUGCAGAGGGCGAUGGAGCUCUUAAACGAGGAUGGACUGAGCAGUGGUAAAGCAGGUGAAGAGGACGAUGAUACUGACGGAAGUCAUGAUGAACCAUCAACGCCAACAACUGAAAUCCAAGAGUCUCAACCUCAACCGAAGAUAGCAGAGGGUUCGAUAUCCCGACUAGUUAAUGGUGUAAAAUCCUUAGUCGACAUCGAAAAAGAUUUCAACGAUCUUCGCAUACAGGAGCUGGAUCUCCCUACAACUCCCGAAAGUACGAUUAAAGCGGUACUUGCCAAAAUCUAUAAAUUACAAGAGGAUUUGCAGAUACAUCUACAAGGAGGCCCGCUGGCUAAUCCAUUGACAUUGGGCGAUCAACGAAGGAGAAAAGUACAGGAGUUAUUGGAGAAAGUUAUGGGGGAGACUGCACUGUAUGAAGAGUUUGUUAAUAGAGCCCAAUAUUUGAGCCUUGAUAGAAUAUUGAAUGAAUCUGAAAAUUCGAGUGAUGAUGAGCUUCAAGAUUCAGAAUUGGAUGCUGAAUCCGAGAUACAUGUAUUUGAGGACACACUCUCAGACACGUCACGCAAGACAAUCAGCACUUCAAUGACGUCAAUGUCUCCAUUAUCUCUCCGAGCAACGGACCCAAGUCUCCACAAAAUCCGCUCUGCUUCAUCAACUACCUCUCUUACGCCAUCUCGUACAUCAUCCAGAUACUCACGAUCGUCGUCUCCGCCAUUGCUUGUACUGGAAGAGAUAGGAUUAUCAGCUGCAUCUGAAUUGGAGCCAGGACAAGCAUUUCGAUGGGCCCCAUUAACCACGCUGUCGAGUCACUUGUAUUCAACGGAAACGAGUCAGAAUAAUGGGCUGCCAACCGUAUCAGCAGUGAGUGAAUUCAUUGCCAUUGGCACGACGCGUGGUUUAGUCCUUGUCUAUAAUUACAAUCAAAAUCUCAGAUGCGUACUUGGUAACACUGUAAAUGCCAUCGAAUAUGGGGCUGUCACAUCACUCGCAAUCUCCUCCGAUCGCGCCCAAAUUAUAUGUGGCCAUGCUCAAGGUCAUAUUAUAAUUUGGGAUAUUGCUCGUCCUAACAAUCCUGCUCGCACCAUCAUGCCCAUCUCUUCCGCUGUUGCUGCCGGUGGUCGUAAGGAAGGCCAUAUACGUGGGUCGGCCAUUUUACAUGUUGGAUUCGUUGGGGUGAGGAAGAAUGGCAUUGUCUCGGGAGAUGAUCGUGGUAUGGCAUUCUAUCAUAAUUUGUACAAAGUGAUGAUGGUAAAUGCAACAGAGACGAUUCGUAUUCUUGGGCGAUAUCCUCCACCAACGUCAGGGCCUGACAGUAAGCUAGCGUCGAAACGACCCAGUACUGUAUUUGGUUUGGCUCCAUUACCACUGGGACAAUCGCCACAUGGAUCAGAAGCGUUUGGACUAGUUGCUAUGUUGACACCAUUUAAGAUGAUUAUAGUUAGUAUAAAACCGACAGUUCAAACGCAGUAUAAAUGUCCGAGACCCAAGCACACGGUUUCGGACUCGCAUGGACCUAAAUCACUAUCGGGCUGUCUAGCAUGGUUUCCAGCUGUCAAAACCAGGUUGAACCCUGAUUCAUCAUUCAUCGAUACUGACCCUCUUCUUGCCUUCUCUUGGGGCAGUUAUUUAUCUAUAUUGAAAGUAACCGUCGUCCCAGCAGUUUUGUCAGAAAAUUCGCCGAAAAGAAGACGUCCUGAGAAAGAUAUUCGUUUGGAGUUUACAAGAGUUGCAGAAUGGAAAGGGAAACACGCUAUUGUUGGAUUGCAGUGGCUAUCUCAUCACAUUUUAUUAAUCUUAUUGAGCAACGAAGAGAUUAUAGUCUUUGAUCCAAGAUAUAUGCAAGAGAGUGAAAAGGCAGACGUCAAGUCGGAUGUCAAAUUAAAAUCUUUGGUAUAUCAUAACCGUUUCUCUGCCUCACUCAAGGAAACGUCGGUUCACCCACACGACGCUCACAAACCGGCUGUUGAGCUAGCUUAUUAUCAUAGCUUACGUGUUUAUAAGGGACUAGUAUUCUUGCUGGGUGUAAGGGAAUUUUACGUUGGAGCCUUGUUGUCAUGGACUGACCGUAUAUUAGCCCUUGUACAGUCAGGAGACUUGGUAGAAGCAAUUACCUUAGCUACUUCCUUUUACAAUGGCACUACAUCGCAGACGAUUCUUGGACUACCGGAUGAUGAAGAGAACAGACAUGCAAUAGUAGGGAAAAGGCUGAUGGAAUUACUUACUGCCUCCCUCACAUUCACGUUCUCAGACGAACGCACGUACGAUGGCAUGGCGGACGAGCACAGCGGGGAUGGCACUACUCUGUUUCGUGAUUUGGCAUCUGCAUGUAUCGAAGCGUGUCUCAGUAUGAAUAUAAAAGAGUUCUUAUUCGCCGAUAUAUACGAAAAAUACGAACAGGCAUUGGUCAAGGGAGUAUUUCUGGAGGUAUUGGGCCCAUAUAUCAUUAAGGACAAAAUAAAAGAUUUACCUCCAGACAUAAUGAAAGAUCUCGUAACUCAUUACCGCAACCGAAAUAUGUUGGAUACUGUGGAAAGAUGUAUAUGGCAUAUAAACCCGCAAUGUCUAGAUAUCGAUCAGGUAGUUCAGCUGUGUCAAAGCGAAAAUUUGUAUGAUGCGUUGAUAUAUGUAUGGAACAGAUCUAUGGUUGAUUAUGUCAGCCCGGCUGUACGACUGCUUCAUGUCAUUCGAAAAAUUUUAAUACUGGAAAAGAGUCGGCGCAAGAAAAACAAAUACGCUAGUGAUGAGAUUUCGAACGUAGAUGAUGGGGACGGCAGCGAGGAUUUGGAGACCAUGAAGUUCAAUGCUUGCAAGUUCUACGUUUACCUAGAAAACAUUCUCACAGGACGAACCUAUCCAAACAAAGCACCGUUAAACGAAGACGAAGCGAACGAGGCCCGCACUACUCUCUACUCGUUUGUAUUUUCGGGCAGAUGCGUUGUGUGGCCUCAUCACGGUGGUGAUCUAAUAUUGACAGCUGAGGACGAAAAGCGUGGAGAACCAACAUAUCCAUACCUACGCCUAUUUCUUCGAUUUGACACGAAAGCCUUCUUAAAAGCACUAGAAGCUGCUUUUGAAGAUUCAUAUUUGAAUGGAGUUGAAAUUAUUACGAAUGCGGAAGAGUUUUACGAUGAAGAGGAAAUGCCUGGAAUAAUCAUAAACCGGCAAUUACUUGUUAAUAUUUUACUUGAAGUCAUGACAUCGAAUAAUGGUCAUUCGGAAUUUACUCCAUUAGACAUUUCAUAUUUAUACAGUUUCGUCGCCCGUAGUCUCCCUAAAUAUCCGCAAUUCUUGUCACUUCCGACGACCGCUAUACGCAAUAUACUAGUGACAUUGAGCACGGAUACUGAUCCACGCACCAGAGAGGAACGACAGUUGGCUGUUGAGUGUCUUCUGUCUAUAUAUACUCCGACUGAUGAGGAUAAAAUGGUUGAAUUGUAUGAAAAUGCUGGGUUCUGGAGAGUGUUAGAACACGUAUAUAAAGCAGAUCAGAAAUAUGGUUUACUCGUCACUACUUAUCUUAAGGAUCCAGAAAGACGUCAAGGAUUGUUUGAUUGUAUUCGACAACUCCUGGAUCCGCAGAGUAAGCUAAAAGAUGAACAAAAAAAAGAAGUAUCGACAACCGUUAUGUCGAUGAUUGAAGACAUAGUCGACAUAGAUGGCGAACAAACUGCUCGAUUAAUACAAACAUAUUUUAACGGAGAACAUGAAAUUGUUAUAAAGAGGCUAGAAUCAACCCCCGUUCGCCUAUUUACAUAUCUACGAGGACUUCUCGAACCAGAAUACGAAUCACCUAUCCAUAUAUAUUCUCGAGUGCCUACUGUAGAGGAACAAAUCACACUCGCCGAGGUACAGCAUUGCAUGCCAGUCGUCAAACCCGAAGUUCAUGAACAGUAUAUUGCUCUUAUGUGUAAAUUCGAUCCAGCUGGUGUUUAUAACUAUUUACAAACUCAUCAAGACGGAACAUACCGUUUGGAAAAAGUGCUUCCAAUAUGUGAUGCUACUGGUAUUGUCGACGCGAUAGUAUGGAUACUGGAGAGAAGUGGUAAUGCCUCGGGUGCUCUUGACAAAGUAUUAGAAAUAGUUCAAGAAAGACGACAAGAUAUUAUUGCGCUAAUCGAAGAGAAGAAGAAGUCAGAUAGUGACGUAUGGUCGCUGUCUGAAAGACAACGUGUUGAGACCAAUCUGAUGAAGUUAAAGGGAGUCCUGAAAAUUGGUAUUCAAUUGUGUGAAAACAGCUGUCGUCGUGCGACUGCAGCUGUGAAUACUACUGACACUAAAGCUCCAUCAAUUCCUAAUAGAACAACCGAGAGUGAGACCGAAUUGCUCUGGUUUAAACUUCUGGAUACGUUCUUAGAUGCAACUAAGGCUAUAUCGUCAAUAUUAACAACUCAAUUCCCAGCUGUAUUACCCGCUAAUAAGGAUACGCUCGACUCUCCUGCAACCGUUGUCAGGCCCAUACUACCCGUGCCAGCCCACAUUGCUAAUGAUCUAAUAACGACAUUCAAAUCUUAUGUGCAACUGAUUAUGCGUUCUUUAUUACUAUCUACGUCUUCCCCAUACGUGUCGUUGCCGAGAUUACUACUUCGCUUUAUUCAAUCUCAAUCCAAGAGGAACAGUACAGUGGCGGAUUUCCGUGAUAUUUUCGUUGGCAUGAUUGAUACGUACAAAUAUGAAGGUCAGUUACUGGCUAUGACCAACCGACUGUUUGAAAAGGACUUGUUCGGGGGUGUAGCAGGUGUUGUUCGACAGCGUGGUAAAGGAUGGCGUCCUCGCAGGGGGACUUGUGAAGUAUGUGGGGGUCAAUUCUGGGGUACAGACCUGACCCCGACAGCCUCCUGCACGUCAACAAAUUGGAAUUCAGACACAAAGCGAAUGCCCCAUUCAUCCACUAUAUCAAACAAUGACAAUUCUGCAGAUGUCAUCCCGAAUCUGGCGGCUCUGGAAGAGAAUCUUCAGUCGGAAGAAGGCUCAUCGAAAUCGAACGCGGUUACGGAAACGGAUACAGAUACGAAUGGACCUUCCUCUUCUUCCUCUUCUCUGCAGAACGAGAACGAUCUGGUGUUAUUCCGAUGUGGCCACGGGUAUCAUCGCAGAUGUCUCGAGAGCGAUUCUAACACUGAUGCAGAGAAUAGUGAAUUAGAGACGAAGUGUUCUGUCUGUCAGACUGAAAAACGACAUGAAAAUCUGAUAUCGCCAGAGAUUCGACGAGGAUCCAUUGAAAGUAGCGUCAUAUUGAAGAGCAAGGGGAAGGAAAGAGUU